AAUUUUUAACCACCAGAGGGCAACGAAACAGAAAUUGCAAUUGUAUUGUUCUAAUUCGUGAUUUCGGUUUCUCCAUGGUUUUUAAGAUUUUGGAUUUCGUUGGAAAUUAAUAAAAAUUCGAAGCUGGGAGCCUGGUUAACUGAAAAGAGAUAUGAAUGGACAUUCGAGCAUAGAUACUAGUCAUGCUACUCAACUAUUAAAGGAUAUAUUAAAUGUUGGAAAGGGCGAAUCGAAUGUCUCUGGUAGAUCGAAUAAUGUAUCAAAUGGUCAAAUGGAGUCAACUUCAGAAACAUUAACAGAUAAUCAGCAGAAUGAGAAUCUCAAGACAUCUGUGCAGAAUCAAAAAAUUAUUCUCACAGGUAAUGAUGAAGAUUUCAGUUUUGGCAUUCAUGCUCAAGAUGUAAUUAUCUAUCCAAGUUCACCUCUUCAUAGUUCAGGUAGUAGUAAGAUUACUAUACAUAAUGUGGUGGACUAUAGUUGGGAACAGAAGUCAUAUGUUGGCCGAUUAGUCAGUGUUCACCUCUCAGGAAGUUACUUAGCCUACUCUCUCAGAGUGUACAAUAGCCCGUCUGGAAUGGUGAGGAUUUUGAAGCCUCAAACAGGAGAACGCACUCUUGUUAAAGGAAUGACCGGAGAUAUAAAAGAUUUAGCAUUUUCUUACUCUAAUACAGAUGUGUUACUGGCUUGCGUAGACGAAAUAGGUUCAUUAUAUGUUUAUGAAAUUGUAGAACAAGAUGGAAAACUUAUGGGAAAAUCAGUUGUUCAGAUUAUUCAACCCAGAGAUACAAUUGCUAGUGAUUUUCAUAGGAUAAUCUGGUGUCCAUAUAUUCCGGAAGAACCUUGUAGUAUAGACGAAGAAAACUCCCUGGAUGAUGUGUCCAAACUUCUCGUAGUGACUCACAAUGAAAAAGUAGAAAUUGUAAAUAUCGAUAUAAUUACAAAACAGUAUGGAAACGCCAAGCAAUUAAAUUCGAAUGAAGUAGAGAAAGGAAUUCAUAAAAUAUGCAAGCACAACAGACCCAUUACUGACGCUGCUCUGUCUCCUGACGGGACUGCAUUAGCAACAGCUAGUAUAGAUGGAAAUGUUAAAUUUUUUCAAGUUCUCUACACAGAUAAAAGCACCACUCCCAGAUGUCUUCAUCAGUGGGAGCCGCAUAAAGGAAAGCCACUCUCGAGUUUGUUUUUUCUCGAUAAUCAUAAAAAUCCAAACCCCGAUGUUCAGUUUUGGAAAUUUGCCAUUACCGGAGCAGAUAAGAACCAGGAAUUGAAACUUUGGAGCUGCGAAACUUGGAUAUGCUUGCAGACUAUAAAGUUAUUGAUUUCAGUGUACAAUAGCCCGUCUGGAAUGGUGAGGAUUUUGAAGCCUCAAACAGGAGAACGCACUCUUGUUAAAGGAAUGACCGGAGAUAUAAAAGAUUUAGCAUUUUCUUACUCUAAUACAGAUGUGUUACUGGCUUGCGUAGACGAAAUAGGUUCAUUAUAUGUUUAUGAAAUUGUAGAACAAGAUGGAAAACUUAUGGGAAAAUCAGUUGUUCAGAUUAUUCAACCCAGAGAUACAAUUGCUAGUGAUUUUCAUAGGAUAAUCUGGUGUCCAUAUAUUCCGGAAGAACCUUGUAGUAUAGACGAAGAAAACUCCCUGGAUGAUGUGUCCAAACUUCUCGUAGUGACUCACAAUGAAAAAGUAGAAAUUGUAAAUAUCGAUAUAAUUACAAAACAGUAUGGAAACGCCAAGCAAUUAAAUUCGAAUGAAGUAGAGAAAGGAAUUCAUAAAAUAUGCAAGCACAACAGACCCAUUACUGACGCUGCUCUGUCUCCUGACGGGACUGCAUUAGCAACAGCUAGUAUAGAUGGAAAUGUUAAAUUUUUUCAAGUUCUCUACACAGAUAAAAGCACCACUCCCAGAUGUCUUCAUCAGUGGGAGCCGCAUAAAGGAAAGCCACUCUCGAGUUUGUUUUUUCUCGAUAAUCAUAAAAAUCCAAACCCCGAUGUUCAGUUUUGGAAAUUUGCCAUUACCGGAGCAGAUAAGAACCAGGAAUUGAAACUUUGGAGCUGCGAAACUUGGAUAUGCUUGCAGACUAUAAAAUUUGUACUUAAUGACGGUGAUAACAUGCAGAUGUGCUUGAAUGCAGAGUUAGAUCUAUCGUCGUCAUAUUUACUAUUAACUGAUAUCAACAGAAAAGUUUUAUACAUACUGCAAAUUCAUCAAGACCCUGUCAGUAGUCAAGCUAGUUUCUGUUCUAUAUCAGAAUUUCUACUGACAUAUCCAAUACUCAGUUUUGCAAUUACCGAUGUUUCACGUUGCAAAUAUAAACCAUCUACUGUGGAUGUGGAACAUGUAAAUGCCGCUAAUGAUGAUAAGAAUGAUUUUGAAGGAGAUGAAGUUAGUGGAAAUGAGAAAUACAUUGAAGGAAAUGUUGUGAAGUUAUUUUGGAUUCAUACAAAAUCUUUACAGGCAUGUCGAAUUGUUUAUGAACCUAUGUUAUCCAUUCCUAUUCAGACUUCAGGUUCUGUAUCUUCUCUUUCACAAGAAUCUUUUGGUUAUCAUGAUAAAUUAUGCGAUUUGAGUUUAGAAGUUCGUGAAGUGCCAAAACAAAGUGAAGAAAGUGUAACUAUGCUUUUAGAUUCUGCAGCAUCUUCAUCCACCGUUAUCAGUCCCUCUAUAAGAUCUCCUUUGACUUCUCAUUUACAGUCUUAUAAAGGAUGUGGAGAAGUAUUAUUGACUCCCGAUGAUUUUACUUCUCCUCCAGCAGCCGGAACUAUUCCACCGGUGUCCACAUAUUCCCAUUCCCCACUUUCCCUUCCCUUAAAACAAAUGGAAGAUGUUAAUCAUGUGUCCUCUCCACCAAAAUCUCCCAUAGAUAAACGUGACGAUAACGAAGUGGCAGAAACUGAGACUUCCGAACCUUUGCCCGAUUCGUCCAUCCUUCCCCGCAGAAAAUCUUCCCAGCAUAGUUCUACCAGUUCCCCAAGCCGAGAGGUGGCAGAAAUAAUGGCACCAUCGAAAUUAUUAAACAGUGGGGAGCAAGAAGAACCGGGAUUGGAAGAACAGCAACAUGAUAUGGAAAAUAAUAUAGUAUCAGAAGAUGCAAAAGAUAUUUGCAAUCAUGGCUCCUCUUUAGAUAUAGCUUCUACCAAUGAUUUGUCACACAGACAUAAUGAAUACAGAGCAAAUGGAUGGCCACAGGCUCCUGACCCAACUAAAGAAUAUCGCGUUAUUGGCACUGAUGAAAGAGGUGAUAUACACGAGAAUACAAAUAAUCAACAUUCUUGUGCCCUUGAAUCUAUAAAAGAAUCCUUUCCAUCCAAUCAGCUUAGCAAUAAAAUGGAUUAUGUUUUACACAAAUUAGAAGGAUCUGUUAAGAAUUUACAAGAAAAUAUGAAUAUUCUAUUGGAGUUGAUCCAUAGUCAGAGGCAUCAGCUCCAAGAAGUAAAACAGGAAAUUAAAGAAUUUCAUCAACAGGAUAAAACAUUACAAUGCUUACUACAACAAGUUGAUAAAUUAGAAGAUAAACUCAGUGCCAACAUAGAACAUAUUGUAGCUGUGCAAAGUGAAGAAGGCUUUAGGAAAUUAGAGCCCUUGUUUGCUAGAAAGGGGAAAAUGGAUCAUUUGCUUCUGGAGAAACAGGCGACUGCCUUAUCGCAGACCGUAACAGUUGCCAUUACAAAUAAACUAGAUAAAACAAUCAAAAAUGAGAUAAAAAAUUCUGUUUUGCCUCAUGUAUCAAAGUUCCUAGAUAUAUUAAAGGACCAGUUACAACAAGAGGUUUCUCAAAAAUUAGUAUCUAGUGAUAACAUUAUAAGAGAAAGUAUAGGAAAAUUAGCAAAAAAUAAGAUAUUUAGUGAAAGUUUAGGACAGAGCGUUGUUUCGUUGGUACAACCUCACAUACAGAUGACAUGUCGGGAUGUUUUUCAAACAACAACUGUACCCGCUUUUGAGAAAGCUUGUCAAAACCUUUUCUACCAGCUAAAUGAAAGCUUUCAACGUGGAACAGAAGAAUUUUUUAAAGGGUAUAGGCAACAAGAAGAGAUGCUAAGCAAGUUAAAAACUGUGAUUCAAGAAGAAGUGAAAGCAGCAAUAGCUGAACAUCAGCUCUCCGUUAGAGCAUUACAGUCCAAUAUGGUUUCUCCCAUACCGCAGUUGAUUGAUCCACAAAUCCAACAACAGCAAAUUCGGCAGUUAUUGCAACAAGGGCAGAUAAAUGCAGCAUUCCAGCAGGCUCUGACAGCGGCCGACUUGAAUCUUGUGAUAUUUACGUGCGAGACGGCAAAUCCUAAUCAAAUAUUUAGCCAGAUUCCAUGCCCACUCCAACAACCGGUUCUGCUAUCGCUCAUUCAACAAUUAUCCGGCGACAUCUCCACACACACUGAACUGAAAUUGAAAUAUCUAGAAGAAGCUGUGAUGAAUCUGGACACGAAAGACACAAGAACGCAACAACAUCUUCCUUCGAUACUAGGAAGCCUCCAUCAAAAACUAACGACUUUCAUCCAAAACAACCCUUCGAAUCGAUUCAGUAGACACAAAAUACUCUUACUAGCCACUCAAUCUCUCUUAAAUCGUUAACGCGAUUAUUUUAGCCAAAUUUACGAUAUUUAUGAGGCAGAAAAGCCAACUGCAUAUCAGCGUCACUUUAAAUUAUAGGAAAUGCCAAAGAAGUCGACGUCUGUCAUCUUCAGCGGAAGAUAAUUUUUUUGACUUUUAUUUAAAACUUCGAAGAAAUGUAUCAGUUUUUUCAUCAGUGGAAAAUUUUAAGAAAGAAUUAAAUCAAACUUCAUCUUAAACUAUCCGAAUAUAUGUAUAUAUAUAUUAAAAAAUAUAUUUAAAUAUAUGUAUAUAUAUUCAUUUAUUACGAAUUUAAAUCAGGCAAGUAUGUACAAGUAUAUUUCUUUGUCUUGAGAUUUGUAACGGUCAACAAUAGGAUCCCAGACUUCCCAGAGAUAUUUUGAAAGUGAUGUAUGUUCUUUGUAUUGUAGAAAAUUAAUUGGGGGAGAUACAUUUUAUACAAGUGUGUUGUUUAAAAAUCUUAAAUCAUAAAUAAUAAAAAAAAAGGAAAAAAAAACAAUUUUACAUAAUAUGAAAUGUUUGUAUUUGAAUAUAUUUUAUUCGAUAAAAUUAGAUUAUUUUAUGGUAUUACUUCGAUCUGAAGCAAUCUCAAUAAACUUAUUAUUUUAAAAGAGCGACAAAUUCAUUCAAAAUCUGUUUUUAACUGUUUCUGCUUCUAGUCUUCCCAAUCCGAGGGCAGUAACGGUUGUUUUCUGCCACCAUUGAAGGUUUGACUAAAUAUUUAUAAUAGUCUUUGUUAUUUUACUUUUUUUCUUGUCCUAGACACAACCUAAAACAAAAUCAAGUCUUCAGUCACAAGUUUAGCCAGACCCACAAUAGGAACAGGCUGCCCAAAAAUUCAAGGUUUCCAAACCAAACUUGAACGUUUUGAAUCUGGUCAGAUUGUCAGAUAACAAAAAUAUAGUUUGUGGCCCUGUAUCUCUAUUAAAUUAAUUUCCAGAAAUGAUUGUUUAUUUAUCACGUCAAGGAAUCAAAAAUCUACCACACCGUUCCUUACUUUUGAAAAACAGUGGACUAAUUGAAAUUUAUUGUGCAACCUGUGGAAAAAGGCAAUAGUGGUACAUUUUCCCCCCUUGCAGACGAGCAAAUAGUAUUGUAACCUGUAUAGUAUUGUAUCAUAUCAUAUUUUUUCUAAUGUUAGCUCUAACAAACUGUUCCAUUCAAAUCAAAUUUUGCAAAAAUAGACCAAAUAUUGAAAAACAGCACCCGUGUAACCACUUAAAACAUAUUUUGUGCUUGCUGGUAACCUUGUAUCAUUACCUAUUUUCCUAUUUGAAUGCCACUAUAUCAUUGAUCCAAUAGAAAGAAGGGACUAUUGCAGAAGGGGGUCGAAGUAAUUUGACCAAAAGUAGUCGUUGCCCUCUUCCCAGAAAAGAGAAUGGUCAACGACUACACUAAUUAAUACCAGUCUAGUAUUAAUAUUUGAAAAAAGUGAUCCAUGUUGGACAGGUCGUAAUGGCCCCAUGUGUGCUAAUCUUAAUGUCCCAAAUACUUGAUAUAAAACUUGUUUAAAUAAAAGGAAUUAUUCCAGCAUUAUUACAAUAUACAAUCUCUUUAUCACAUAAAAAAAAUAAUCUGUUCCCAAAAUUUAAACAAUGUGGGAAGUAUCUUCUUGUAAAUAUCACGUUUAUAGAAAAAUUAUUGGACUGCAAUUUGAAAAACUGUAGACCUAUAAAUUCUGACUGUUGUCCCAUCUGUCUUACACUUUGUCCUUCCUUAAUCUUGAGAAAGGAAUUAGAUGAAAGUGUGGAAAGCUUAGGGCAGGAGGCCCAGAUUAACUAUACAUGAACUUCCAGUUUAGAAUGGAAGUAAUGUUACUUUGAUUCAAAAUUUCCCCUGAAUAGAUACAUGACCAACCCGACUAUCUAACAGGCAAA